CCGACGUAUGCGGCCAUGUGGCUCUUCGCUCGUUCUCCUCUCCUCUAGCUUCAGCGCCUUGGCUGUCCGUUCUAAGUCUUGUCUUCUCCCCUGACCCACGGCGACCUCGACAACAUAGCGGAUAUUGUAGAACGCAUACUACAUUCCCUUCGUUUUCUCCGCACUCGCUUGCACAAUUGCCAGCUACUCCACCAUCGAGGUCCUCGCGCGGGUCAUAACAGCGUGUUGUCCCCCAGCAGUCGUGUGUAUUUGGACGGGCUCCCGAGUCGUGUAGGAUGGGAUUGUCGCAAGAAUGGAUAUCGCCCGAGGCGAUGGUGUAUUUCUUCGCUGGAGGUUGUGCUGGGGCGGCGUCGCGGACGGUCGUGUCUCCGCUAGAGCGACUGAAAAUUAUCCAGCAGAUACAGCCUCCGGGCGAGAAUCAGUAUAAGGGUGUCUUCAGGAGCUUGGUCCGUAUGUGGAAGGAGGAAGGAGUGAGAGGUUAUAUGAGAGGGAAUGGCGUCAACUGCCUGAGGAUAGUUCCCUAUAGCGCAGUACAAUUCUCUACCUAUGAACAUCUCAAGAACUGGUUCAGCGCGAAUGGCACUAUAACACUCGAUACCCCAACCCGGUUGAUGUGCGGUGCAUUGGCGGGAAUAGCGUCGGUAUCGACAACGUACCCAUUGGACUUGGUGCGGACGCGAUUAUCAAUAGCGACUGCCUCGAUCAACAGCGGUGCUGCUCGCGUUACCUCCGCAUCGGCCUCCUCAACGGCGUCACCACAAGCAAUGCUCGCCUCCGCUGCCGCACCGUCCUCUCCACAGGCGAAAGCCUCGCUUGCAUCGGCCUACCACACUUCCUCCCUCAAGCAUUACCGUCCACAGGAUCUGUCAAUAUGGGGGAUGACACAGAAGAUCGUACGAGAAGAGGGCGGCGUACGCGCGUUAUAUCGGGGGAUCGUGGCGACAGCAAUGGGUGUCGCACCGUACGUCGGGAUUAACUUCGCUGCGUAUGAAGCGUUGCGGGGAAUUAUUACACCUCCUGGGCAGACCAGCGUUCCACGGAAACUACUUUGCGGCGCAUUAGCAGGCUCCAUAUCGCAAACACUGACCUAUCCGUUCGAUGUUCUACGAAGGAAGAUGCAAGUCGCAGGGAUCAAGUCGGAGGCUCUGAACCAGGGUGUACAAUACAACGGUGCUUUGCAGGCUAUGGUCGGUAUCUUGCGGACUGAAGGUAUGCGAGGCCUUUAUAAGGGCCUGUGGCCCAACCUGCUCAAGGUAGCACCAUCGAUAUCAACAUCCUUUUUCACCUAUGAACUGGUGAAGGAGUUCUGCCAGGCAAGGAUUCUGGCGUAGAGCCGUCCCCACAGCCUAGAUGUAUCUAUUUAAUACCUCAGCAUAUUUUGGCUACCUACAUACACUAUAUGUAUCAACACAGUACACUACAAGGCCCCAGUCGGUAGCAUGGAGAAUAUACCUGCCGACUCGCGAAGUUCAACAACGGUCA